AUGUCAGAAGAUCAAUAUGACCCGUACAUGUACGAUGACUCUCAAAGUAUCACUCCAGAGGAUUGUUGGACUGUGAUUACGUCCUUCUUUCAAGAGAAAGGUUUGGUGUCUCAACAGUUGGAUUCAUUUGAUGAAUUUAUUGAAUCAACGAUACAAGAGUUAAUUUGGGAAGACUCACAUUUGAUCUUGGAUCAACCAGCUCAACACACAUCUGAGAAGGAUAGUAAGAACAAGAGGUAUGAGAUCACUUUUGGUAAAAUGUACAUUUCGAAACCCAGUCAAACAGAAGGUGAUGGUACUACUCAUCCGAUGUUUCCUCAAGAGGCAAGACUACGUAAUCUCACAUAUUCAGCUCCGUUAUAUGUCGAUAUGUCGAAGAAGGUUUUUGAAUCCGACGAUAACAAUAGAGUGGACAACGAGCUUGAAUGGAAGGAGCAAAUAGUGCAAGGAGAAGACAGUGAUAGUCAAGUUUACUUGGGAAAAGUACCUAUCAUGGUGAGGUCAAAAUUUUGCAUGUUGCGAGACUUGGGUGAACACGAAAUGUAUGAAUUGAAGGAAUGUCCUUAUGAUAUGGGAGGUUACUUUGUCAUUAAUGGUUCUGAAAAAGUCUUGAUUGCGCAAGAAAGAAGUGCAGCAAACAUUGUUCAAGUUUUCAAAAAAGCUGCCCCAUCUCCAAUUUCUCACGUGGCUGAAAUCAGAUCGGCUAUUGAAAAGGGGUCGAGAUUGAUCUCAGCUAUGCAAAUCAAGCUCUAUGGCCGUGAUGAAAAGAGUCUGUCUGCAAGAACAAUCAAGGCGACAUUACCAUAUAUCAAAGAGGAUAUCCCUAUUGUUAUCGUGUUUAGGGCACUCGGUGUUGUCCCUGAUGGGGAUAUCUUGGAACACAUAUGUUAUGAUGCCAAUGAUUGGCAAAUGUUGGAAAUGUUGAAACCCUGUGUCGAAGAAGGGUUUGUGAUUCAAGAACGAGAAGUGGCGCUCGAUUUCAUAGGUAGAAGAGGUGUUUUGGGUAUAAGGAGAGAGAAGCGUAUACAGUAUGCUAAAGAUAUUUUGCAAAAGGAGUUAUUGCCAAACAUUACCCAAGAAGAAGGAUUUGAAACGAGAAAGGCAUUUUUCCUUGGUUACAUGGUUAAUCGAUUAUUGCUUUGUGCUUUGGAAAGAAAAGAACCGGAUGAUAGAGAUCAUUUUGGUAAAAAGAGACUAGAUUUAGCAGGACCUUUAUUAGCCAACUUAUUCCGUAUUUUGUUUAAAAAAUUGACAAAGGACAUUUACAACUAUAUGCAAAGAUGUGUUGAAAAUGAUAAGGAAUUCAAUUUGACAUUGGCAGUCAAGUCGCAAACCAUUACUGAUGGGUUGAGAUAUUCGUUGGCUACAGGUAAUUGGGGUGAACAGAAAAAGGCCAUGAGCUCAAGAGCGGGUGUUUCGCAAGUGUUGAAUAGAUACACUUACUCAUCCACUUUGUCACAUUUAAGAAGAACAAAUACACCUAUUGGAAGAGAUGGUAAAAUUGCUAAACCAAGACAAUUGCACAAUACUCAUUGGGGUUUAGUGUGUCCUGCCGAGACUCCCGAAGGUCAAGCGUGUGGUUUGGUUAAGAAUUUGUCAUUAAUGUCGUGUAUAUCCGUUGGUACUCCAUCAGAACCAAUCCUGUCGUUCUUGAGGGAUUGGGGGUUGGAGCCAUUAGAAGAUUAUGUCCCAUCAAACUCACCGGAUGCAACUAGAGUGUUUGUGAAUGGUGUUUGGGUAGGUGUGCAUAGAGAACCAGCAUCAUUGGUUGAUUACAUGCGCGAUCUCAGAAGAAAUGGAGACAUUUCACCCGAAGUUUCCAUCAUUAGAGAUAUUAGAGAAAAAGAAUUGAAAAUCUUCACCGACGCUGGUAGGGUUUAUCGUCCCUUGUUUAUUGUUGAUGACAACCCAGACUCAGAAACGAAAGGCGAUUUGAAAUUGAAAAAAGAGCAUGUUAAUAGAUUACUUGAAUCUUCGUACGAUGGCGAUGAAGAUGAACCAUCGUACACUUGGUCGUCUUUGGUAAGGGAAGGUAUAGUCGAAUACGUGGAUGCUGAAGAAGAGGAAACAAUCAUGAUUGCUAUGACACCUGAUGAUCUAGAAGCAUCAAAGAGUAAUUUAACUGAAACCCAGCAGCAAGAUUUACAAAUGGAGGAACAAGAACUAGACCCAGCAAAGAGAAUUAAGCCAACGGGCAGUAGUAAUACCCAUACAUUCACUCAUUGUGAGAUACAUCCUUCAAUGAUUCUUGGUGUUGCUGCAUCCAUUAUUCCAUUCCCUGAUCACAAUCAAUCGCCACGUAAUACGUAUCAAUCUGCGAUGGGUAAGCAAGCCAUGGGUGUCUUUUUGACAAAUUAUGCUGUGAGAAUGGACACCAUGGCUAAUAUCUUGUAUUAUCCACAAAAGCCAUUGGCCACCACCAGAGCCAUGGAGCAUUUGAAAUUCCGUGAGUUGCCAGCUGGUCAAAAUGCCAUUGUUGCUAUUGCAUGUUAUUCUGGUUAUAAUCAGGAAGAUUCAAUGAUUAUGAAUCAAUCAUCAAUCGACAGGGGAUUCUUUAGAUCCUUGUUUUUCAGAUCUUAUAUGGAUUUGGAGAAACGUCAAGGUAUGAAAGCUUUAGAGACAUUUGAGAAGCCUUCGAGGUCAGACACUUUGAGAUUGAAGCAUGGUACUUAUGAAAAAUUGGAUGACGAUGGGUUGAUUGCUCCUGGUGUUAGAGUUAGUGGAGAGGAUAUAAUUAUUGGGAAAACAACACCUAUUCCUCCAGAUACCGAAGAAUUGGGUCAAAGAACGCAAUACCACACCAAGAGAGACGCAUCCACUCCAUUGCGAAGUACAGAGUCAGGUAUUGUUGAUCAAGUUUUGUUGACUACUAAUGGCGAUGGAGCCAAAUUUGUUAAGGUGAGAAUGAGAACAACAAAAGUACCUCAAAUUGGUGACAAAUUUGCAUCUAGACAUGGUCAAAAAGGUACCAUUGGUGUUACAUACAGACAUGAGGAUAUGCCUUUCACAGCUGAAGGUAUUGUCCCCGAUCUAAUCAUUAACCCACAUGCUAUUCCAUCGCGUAUGACAGUCGCGCAUUUGAUUGAGUGUUUGUUGUCCAAGGUUUCGUCCUUAUCUGGACUUGAAGGUGAUGCAUCACCAUUCACUGAUGUUACUGCUGAGGCUAUCUCCAAAUUAUUGCGAGAGCAUGGCUAUCAAUCGAGAGGGUUUGAAGUUAUGUACAAUGGUCAUACGGGUAAGAAACUUAUGGCACAAGUAUUUUUCGGACCUACUUAUUACCAAAGAUUGAGACAUAUGGUUGACGACAAGAUCCACGCUAGAGCAAGAGGUCCCGUUCAAGUCUUGACUAGACAACCCGUAGAAGGUAGAUCUAGAGAUGGUGGUUUACGUUUCGGAGAAAUGGAGAGAGACUGUAUGAUUGCUCAUGGUGCCGCUGGUUUCCUUAAAGAGAGAUUAAUGGAAGCAUCCGAUGCAUUCAGAGUGCAUGUAUGUGGUAGCUGUGGAUUAAUGACGGUUAUUGCCAAUCUCAAAAAGAAUCAAUUUGAAUGUCGCUCUUGUAAAAACAAGACAAACAUUUACCAAAUUCAUAUUCCAUAUGCGGCCAAAUUGCUAUUUCAAGAGCUUAUGGCUAUGAAUAUUACUCCAAGGUUGUACACCGAAAGUUCUGGAGCCAGUAUUCGUGUAUAG